UAGAGAGCAUGGAAAACAUCGAUGAACCGAGUUAUCAGCUCCAACCAGCUGUCCCUAUUAUUUAAUAAAGGCACAUUAUUAUUGGCCCCAUUCGUUUGGAGAAACUUGAAUCAAAUAUCGUAGCACAAGAUGGCCAAGAGCCCGGAAAACAUAGCGCUGGAUCAGCUGGACAAGGAUCAAAUGAAGACGUUCUCCGACUUCCUGAUGUCCUACAACAAGCUGUCCGAGAGGUGCUUCACAGACUGCGUGCGCGACUUUACAUCCCGGGAUGUCAAGGAUACCGAGGAGAAGUGCUCGCUGAACUGCAUGGAGAAGUACCUUAAGAUGAACCAGCGGGUCUCGCAGCGCUUCCAGGAGUUCCAGGUGGUCGCCAACGAGAAUGCCCUGGCCAUGGCCCAAAAGACUGGCAAACUUUAGGUGUUAUUAACAAUCUUAACUAGUUUAGACAACUGAGAUGAUGCAUUUUUCCUGCAUUUGUCAUAGUAGCUGAGUAAAGAGUAAAGAAACGAGUUGACGGUAUCUACUA